CCAACAACUACUCACACCUCUCACUCAUCAUACAAGCACAACAGCAAUCCGUCGGUCAUGAAGUUGCUCGAUCUUCCGCCAGAGCUGUGCCAGCACAUUGCACAUAUUCUGGUGAAGGACGUGGGUAUCGCCAAAGCAGCAAGAUACCGACUGGUCUGCAAAACCUUCGCCACAGGAAUUCAUGCCAACUUCAUCACUCGCCAGAACAUCGAGGAUCUUCUUGCCAUUGGUCCUAGGAAUCACUUUAUCUCAAUGCACAGCGGCACGAUCUUACGCAAACGACUGUCACUGGAAUUUGCCAGUAUAGCCAAACCUAUUCAAGAGCUAGUCGACAAGUUGUUAAGUUAUGAAGACUCGCAUUUACAACCAGUGCGAGGUCGUUAUAUGAACGACGUCUGUAAUGUCAUCUUAGGUGAUUCUCGAUUCACAGGUUUCCGCUGCCUCUUGAGGAAUCCUCCAAGCAGCGUCACUGAUGGAUGGUCUACUCGAAAAACGUUACCGCCUGCUGCAGCUGCAGUCGGCGAUCUAAGCUUACUAAAGUCAUUGGUAACCUUUUCAAAGGGCUUGUUUAAAGACCCUCAUCGCUACUUUGCAAGCGCACUUAACGCAGCAGUCGUAAACGGGAAACUCAAAAUCGUGGAAUGGAUCUUGAGUAAUGCACCAACCGACAAUCCUCGCUUGUGCAUCGAAUUGAUUGACCCUCUUCUUUUAGCAGCUCAAACUUUCAACAACGAGACAGGAGGUUUGAUCCUGGAUUUUCUCUCUGCCGAAUUCCAACUUCGCGCGAACGUCUCCAAGGUUGAGGAAAUUUCCUGGAGGAUGGAAUUAGUUGUCGUCGACUGUAUGAAGUUCGGCAACAUCGACUUCUUGCUAAGAGUUCUACAAUACAGGAAGACUGUAGACCCAUCAUAUGCGGAUCUGGAGGCUUCGAACGGACUACCAAUAUCCACGGAGGAGGUGUCCUUUCUGUUUCGAGAGGGAAGUCGCAGCGGACUCAUUGCUCUUCUCCGGGUCGGUAUUCUCGACCUAAACAGGAUGGGUAGCCAUUUGCCGCUUGACCAAGCAGUUCGCUUUUGCCGUUAUGAUCUCGCACAUGUCAUCUUAAAUCAUGGCGUUGAUAUAGAGAUGCGCGACAAAGGAUGCACUGCUCUACAGCUUGCAGUGGACCGUCGCUACAUACCGGCUAUACAGUUUCUCAUUGAGAAUGGUGCUAACCCAGACUCUGUCGGUGUCUGUAUAGAAUGUCGGUUGAUUCAGGUGGCAAAGGUACAUGCACAAGGCCAGAAACUCGAUCGCGCUGCCUGGCGUGAGUUUUGGCAAUUGCACCGACAUGACGCACUGGCGAGGACUUGGGACGACUACGAGGCGAUUGUCCGGAACGAACACAUUGGCCUCUAUGGAAAAAUUAAAGACUGAUCAUCUGUCUUCAGUCGGACUGACAAAGUCGUCUCUCCGCAUCUUGGUUCCCUGGUCACCUUCUCAAAGCGCCACCUUGCAUGCUCCAUGCUCCAUGGACCUUCCAACACGCACUCUUCUUGGCCGCCAGGCUAGUACCGACCAUACGACGAUCAAACAUCGCCUUCCAAUGGCAUAUGGUAUUCUUCAAAGCGGCAUUCGUUUCAGGAAAAGUUUUACUGUCCCACUUGCUGGAUACGUCCAUCUGCACAGAAUUCCAGGACACAGAAGCGAAGAAUCGAGACUUGGUGUUUCCCGAAAACGAC